AAUAUAUGACGGGAGUCUAAUCUACAGAGAUACACGGUGCGACGCAGUCUUCUCUUUUGACUGUAAUACGCAACUACCGAACCCCAUAAACACUUUCAAAACCCUAAACCUAGUUCUCUCUUUUUUCCCAAUUUUUCGUGGAGAAAGCAAAGCUAAUCGAGGAUGGGUUCGGAGCAGAACGAAGGGACAAGCUUUCCACCGUCAGAACCAAAGCUUUGCGUCAAUAGCUGCGGCUUCUUCGGCACGUCUUCCAACAUGAAUCUUUGCUCCAAGUGUUACCGCGAUCUUCGGGCCGAAGAGGAACGGGAGGCUUCUGCGAUAGCCGCCGUGGAGAAAUCCUUCAGUUUCAAAGCGAAACAACCGGCUGAGGUCGAUGCUGUCUCCUUGGUGUCUAUGAAGCCAGCAGGAUCGGUGUCUGUGCCAGCAGUGGUAUCUUCCGAAUCUUCGUCGUCUGGCGGUGAUCAGGCCCCGCCCAAGGGGCCUACCAGGUGCGUUAGUUGCAACAAGAAGGUUGGAUUGACGGGUUUCAAGUGCAAGUGCGGGAGCACAUACUGCGGGAUGCAUCGGUACCCAGAGCAGCACGAGUGUACCUUUGAUUACAAGGCCUCUGGCCGUGAUGCCAUUGCAAAGUCAAAUCCUCUGGUUAAGGCUGACAAAGUUGAGAGGUUCUGAUGGAAUCUGAAUAUCUGGGUAAAUUUGGUAACUUUUUAAUGAUCUUGCUCGGUUUCAGUUGCUUUCUGGUCAGUAUUAAGUGGGGCAAGUGGUUCUUUGGUGGUCUUUUUGUUGUGUUUUGUGGGGUGAGGAUGGGGUAGUACAGUGUUCUAUGUUGGGGUGGAUUGUUGAUUCCUCGAAUCACUUAAUUCUUAGUUGCUGUGCGUUUUUUUUUAAUGCCUUUGGCUUUCUUCUUCUGCUUGAUAAGAAGCUUCGCAAUAUUUAUCUGUAUCUUCUCUUCUGCUAUUUGUAUGUUCUCCCAAUAUGUGCUUUGCUGGCAUUAUCUAGGUUCUCCAGAGCUUUUCUUUUAUUUAAUACUUGUUUACUGUAGUAUUUGAAUUUAUUUGAAACAUUUGAUCUUACAUAGACUCUUCUUAAGGUUUCCACACUGUCAAAUUGUGGGCUUGAA